CGCCGCCCCGGAGGAGUCAGUGGGGAGGAGGAGGAGGCUGGCGCGCAGAGCGGGGGCUGCGCGGAGCGGGAAGGAGCACGGGGAGCUGUAGGGCCCAGCCGGCCCAAGGGCGCCCUCGCCUCGGGCCCGCGGCCGAGGCGGAGAAGUUUGGCCCCUCGGGGCCCGGCGUCCCGGGGUCUCGGGGGCCGCGGCAAGCAGGGCCAUGGGGGCGAGCGCGGAGGUGGUGAGGUGCGCAGCGAGCUCCUGGAGCGACGCGGCGGAGGCGGCGCAAAGUUAGCCCGGCGCCCCGGGACGAGCGCCGCAGCCUGGGCCAUGGGCGAACACCCCAGCCCCGGCCCCGCAGUGGCCGCUUGCGCCGAGGCGGAGCGCAUCGAAGAGCUGGAACCCGAGGCCGAGGACCGGCUGCCCGCCGCGCCAGAAGACCACUGGAAAGUCCUGUUUGAAAAGUUUGACCCUGGGAGCACCGGCUACAUCAGCACAGGAAAAUUCCGGAGCCUCCUGGAGAGCCACAGCUCUAAGUUGGACCCACACAAAAAGGAGGUGCUGCUAGCUCUCGCUGACAGCCAUGCAGACGGGCAGAUCUGCUACCAGGACUUUGUCAACCUGAUGAGCAACAAGCGUUCCAACAGCUUCCGCCAGGCCAUCCUUCAGGGCAACCGCAGGCUGAGCAGCAAGGCCCUGCUGGAGGAGAAGGGGCUGAGCCUCUCCCAGCGGCUCAUCCGCCACGUGGCCUACGAGACCCUGCCCCGAGAGAUUGAUCGCAAGUGGUACUACGACAGCUACACCUGCUGCCCCCCGCCCUGGUUCAUGAUCACAGUCACCCUGCUGGAGGUUGCCCUUUUCCUGUACAAUGGGGUUCUACUGGAUCAGUUUGUGCUGCAGGUGACGCACCCUCGGUACCUGAAGAACUCUCUGGUUUACCACCCGCAGCUCCGUGCACAGGCUUGGCGCUAUGUGACAUACAUCUUUAUGCAUGCAGGGGUAGAGCACCUAGGACUCAAUGUGGUGCUGCAGCUGCUGGUGGGGGUGCCGCUGGAGAUGGUGCAUGGAGCCACCCGAAUCGGGCUCGUCUAUGCGGCUGGCGUUGUGGCAGGCUCCUUGGCUGUGUCUGUGGCUGACAUGACUGCACCCGUUGUGGGCUCUUCCGGAGGGGUGUAUGCGCUCGUCUCUGCCCACUUAGCCAACAUUGUCAUGAACUGGUCAGGCAUGAAGUGCCAGUUCAAGCUGCUGCGGAUGGCUGUGGCCUUGAUCUGUAUGAGUAUGGAGUUCGGGAGGGCCGUGUGGCUCCGCUUCCACCCAUCGGCUUAUCCCCCAUGCCCCCACCCAAGCUUCGUGGCGCACUUGGGUGGUGUGGCCGUGGGCAUCACCCUGGGUGUGGUGGUCCUAAGGAACUAUGAGCAGAGACUGCAGGACCAGUCGCUGUGGUGGAUUUUUGUGACCAUGUAUACCAUCUUCGUGCUGUUUGCUGUCUUCUGGAACAUCUUUGCCUAUACACUACUGGACUUGAAGCUGCCACCACCCCCCUAAGAGACUGGAGGACCGAGGCAGGGAAGGGAAGAAGCAGAGCAUCCAGAGGAAGUACCUGCAUCUGAUUUUCAUCACCAAUUCAGCGAGACCGGGGGAGCAGGAGACUCGGGGAUGUAUGUGUUUCAGUGUUGAAGGGUGGGGGAGGAGAUGGAUGCAGCUGCUGUUUUCCUAAGUUGAGCUGGGGUGGGGGCAAGUCUGGGGUAGGACGGGAGUAGCUGAUCCACGUGCUCCCCUCUCACUGCCACAAGUAGCCUUCUUCCUGGUCUUUCACUUGGAGAGACACUGGGACACAGAAGUUCUGAGGGCAGCCGCAGCCAGGCAUGCCUUCCCCAGCCAGGAGGUAACUGGAGACUCAGUCAUGUCCUCCCUGCAGCUCAUGGUCUGGUGCUCUGGCAGUAGACGCUUUGAAUCUGGGGGAGCCCAGAGCACCCCAAGCUCAGAUCCUGUCAGUGGGUGCGAUAGCAUGGCCCCUAGGACGGGGAGAUGCUCUAUAUUCUUUUCCUGGGGAUCUGUGAGAGGGCCCGUGCCUGGGGCACUGAAGUUCAUCCCAGGUUCCCCUUGGGAAAGGCCCAGGACCAAUUUUCCCUCUUCCUGCCUGUAUUCCUGAAUGCUGGCAUAUCACACCAUCAUCCUGCAUCCAUGCCCCAUCUGGACUUUGGGGUCUUUUCUUCCUCUCUACUGCCCUUGCCCUACUUUGUGCCUCUCUUUUGGGUGUGGAGACAGGGUUUUGGGGUGUGUUGUGUGUGUGUGUGUGUACACGAGCGCGUGUGCAAUGUCAGGCAAGUCAGACCCUGCAGAGGGAGGCAGUGGAGGACAAUGUACUCAAGGGUGUCUGUAAGGGAUUGCUGGAAUGGGCAUGCUCAGUGUGUUUGUUCAGUGGCCUUGCUUUUUGCAUAAUUCAAGCCCCUCUUUCCCAUCUGGCCUUCCCACAUACCUCCUAAGCAUCACUGACCAGCGGAAAAAUUGUCCGUGCUAGAGGAAAAAGACCAGAGCCCCACCAGGACCUUUGGGAGGAUAUGCCAGCUGUGUUCUGGUUCCCUCUGGGGUAGCUUCAUGUCUGUUCUGCCUCCUGUAGAAUAAAGUCUUUGGAAUGAAAGAAAACCUAGGACAGUGAUAACAUGGCCAUCUCAACAAGGAAGCUAUAGUAAAAGAUAUUUUGGUGAAGACCUUGCCCCAGAGAAGAGCUCCUGGGAGCCUGGGUGAGUGCCCAGGGUCGAGAGCAGCUGUAGACUUAGAUGAAUAGAUCUGGAGGGAAGUUGGACGUGAGACUGAGGGAAUGGCUUUGUGCUACCCACAUCCCAGCAGCCUCGGGAGCUUGGCAAGACACGCUGUGCCUCUGCCCCUCCAAGACAGUCUGCUCAGGCUGGCACGAGGAGCUGCUGGAAGCCCUAAGUGGAGACUGUGAGACAAAUGACCUUUAUAUCGGCUUCGGGACUCUCAGCUCCUGGGAAUCCAGGCUGAGGAACCAGACAUGGGAAGUCAGGAGGAUGAGAACUGCUCCUGGAUCCCCUCACCACUCCAGCAACUUUUCCCAGCUGGUCUCCUUUCUCCUGAGUUCCUCACCCCGACCCCUCCAGUGUGGUCGCCAGCAGGGCGGGACUCGGGGCACUGUCAUUGUCAUUCUUAAGGCUGUAGGUUGGCCUCAGAGGCUGGGGAAUGCCCAGACAACAACUAUGUGGACUCGCUUGCUUUUAAAGGGAGAGGAGUCAUGGGAGCCAGGGAAGGGAAAGCAGCCCUUCAAAGAAGAGAAAUUUCACUUUAAUGGCACCAUUUGUCGCUCGUUUUUUAAUUAGGAGAAGCCCCCUAAUGGGCCUCUUUUGACGCUGUUUCCAAGCGAACCAUUCUUGCCUAGAGCAUCAGUGGAGGUACUGCUCACCGAACCCAGGUCUUCCUCGAGUGUCCAAUUCAGUUUGCAGAUAAUGAGGAUUUCCCGGUGCUGUGUGCUUCCCAGGGCUGGCUGCAAAGCGAUGACUCUCCUCUGCCUUAAAAACUGCCCGACAGCUGCCCUCCAAGGACUAAGUAAGUGAAAACCAAUCCACUAGCCGCAAUGUUGGUUUCUAAAUAUUUUUGUAUUGUGUACAUUCUGUAUAUUUUUGUUGUAACAUAUUAUUUGAGCACAGAUUCCAUUAAAGAUUUUUUUAAAGCCAUUGGUUACUCAGGAAGUGACUACAAGAGCUGCCAUGGAACUGUUUUGUCUGGGUCUGGUGGGAGAAGGAAAGAACUGGACGUGGUGGGUUGAUGGGUUCUGGCGCUGGUGAUUGGCACUGUCUUCCUUAACCUUUCCUGAGUGGUUGGUGAAAACUGACUGUUCUUCCCAUAACAUAACAUGAAGGAAGCUUCCUGGACAGUUUUGGAGGUAGUUGCCAGUAGUUAGGGAGCUCAGCCCGAGUGACAGUCUCAGUGCCAGUGUCCCCACAGGCCUGUCUUCUCUUCCACUCACCCAGCUCUCCUACGUGCCUCACUCGGCACUGCUUUAGGGAUUGACAGUUGCCAAGGGAAUGAAGAAAAUGCACACACAUGAACUCAAGGACAGAAAAGCUGGGAUCGCAUGGUCAUGGACGGAGAAGCCACAGCCCCGCCCCAUAAGCUCAGAGUGUUCGUUAUAUACUGUUGAACAGGGAAGUGAAGUUAUUGGAUUCAGCUGAAUGAGGAGGCGCAGAUAGGCGCAGUCUCUGUAGGGGCAGUCUUCAGGCCGUAAACAUGCAGAGGCAAAAGCUGUGGAUAUUCUCUGUCUACAUCCGCACAGUCUGGUGUCCUUGACAUAGCCUUGCUAUGUCAGCAAUACACCUUCACUCACGACUAGAGACCUCUUUCUCUGCCUCAACAAGCCUAGUCUUUCGGUCCUCCUCGGGGCCAGCAACAACUUAAUCUUGAAGAACAGGGCAUGGUUAAGUUCAUAUCCAGAGGAGAAAUGAAAGCAGCAUAUAUGCUCAAGGUGAGGCCUGGGACUUCAGAAGUUUAACAGCUGAGUUACUUUGCAUAAAUGAGGCCUGGAAAGCCAACUGUGUGCCCACCUUCUCCAGAUCAGCAUUGGCCUCUGUAGCUUCCCAGUUAACUACUGACGCUGAAGGAUUGAACUGCCCUGGUGCAGAACGGGGGUCGCUGCCCUUCCCAUCAAUUUCCUGUGUGUUACCGAAAAAGGCUUCCGAACAGUGUAGGAGCCAUACCCAAACUAAAACCAAGAGCGCAGUUAGCUCAGGCUAACUACACACCCACUGCUACUUGGGAAGUGCAGAGCUGAGUUCUCUGCAAACACCUUCCACUGGGGCCUCCUGUGCUCCAGAAACUCAAGGCAUCAAGGCAGCUCCUUGGGGAAAAAAGCUGUUUAAUUAGAUUUACCUUUGGCCUCCUCCCAUUUACCUUUACUUUUCUGUUUCUUCCUUUUUGACAAAUUCUCGUUCAUUAAAUAGUUUACUAAAAUGUUUACCAAUGAUAAUUUAAAAAAAUUGAAAACAGCUGGGCGUUGGUAGCACAUGCCUUCCUGUCAUGCCAGAUUAUCU